AUGCUGAAAGAGUAUGGCUUCAGUGACAGGGAUAUCUGCAAACUGACUGGGCACAAGGCAGAGGGAUCCCUCAACAACUAUGAUCCUGAAAACAGCAUGGAGAAGAAAGCUGGCAUGGCAGAUGUUCUGCUGAUGGGAAGCAAAAGGAAGAGUGACUUUGAUGACAAGGAGAAUGCACCACCAAAGAAAAUCUCUUGUACGGUUACAUCAGAGCAGGUUGGAGAGAUGCCUGAUGCCUUUCAGCAAUGCAUGCUGCCACCAAUCAUGGGCCAUGCACCAGUGAACCAGUCUGCGCACCAAACAAUUCAACCAUUUGGCAGUCAGUACUUGAUGAGAGAGCAAGAGUUAAGAGCUAUUGAAAUGAGAGGAAG